CGAAUGAACUGUCGCGUCACACCUCGCGUGGCCAACGGCUCUCUCCGCCGAAUGCUCGCUGGUUGAAUCAACGCACUCAGCCCUUCAGCUCAAUUUAGCGAGAUUAUUUGGAGCGAACCGGGUCGGACGAGCUCAUUGAACGCGUGUUAUCCGACACACACUUCCCCGGCCUUCUGUUUGUCUGACUGCGGCGGCGGGGCGUGCUUUCCUGGGCUCGCUGGCUGGGUUUGCUCGGCGAGGCAGUGGGAAGUAACGUUGCGGCGGAGUGAUGAUGAUGGAGCUCGAGUCGGCCAGUAACAGAGGCGAACUGGGAGCUGUGGGGGACUCUCUGCAGCCACAGACUCCCAGCAGGCACGAAAAGAGCCUGGGACUGCUCACCACCAAGUUUGUGACUUUACUACAGGAGGCGAAGGACGGAGUGCUGGAUCUGAAAGCGGCUGCAGACACCUUGGCAGUGCGGCAGAAACGACGAAUCUAUGAUAUCACCAAUGUGUUGGAGGGAAUUGGACUGAUCGAGAAGAAGUCCAAGAACAGCAUCCAAUGGAAGGGUGUAGGUCCAGGAUGCAACACCAGAGAGAUAGCCGAUAAGCUAAUUGAUCUGAAGGCCGAGCUAGAUGACCUGGCUCUCAGGGAAAACGAGCUGGACCAGCAGAGGGUCUGGGUCCAACAGAGCAUCAAGAAUGUCACAGACGACUCCAACAACAGCCCUAUGGCAUAUAUAAAACACGAAGACCUCUGUGGAGCUUUCAAAGGUGACACUCUCCUGGCAAUCCGUGCUCCCAUUGGCACACAACUAGAGGUCCCCAUACCUGAAUCUGUCCUCAACGGUCAGAGGAAAUACCAGAUCCGUCUCAAGAGUUCGUCUGGUCCCAUCGAGGUUUUGCUGGUCAAUAAGGACCCGUCCAGUGCCUCUCCUGUUGUCUUGCCUGUCCCUCCUCCAGAUGACAUCCUUCAAAACCUCCCAGCACCUUCACCUACCUCUCAGCCGCCGCCCACUGCUGUCACACAGGUCUCCAAAGCAGCUCCGGCAAUGACUACAAAACCUGGUCCUGCCACAACAACCGCUGUAGCAGCCAACCCGACCGCCUCAGUGACAGAAGUGCAGAGCCCCACGCAGCUCACCCCAACAACAGACACACCUGCUGCAGUUACUCAGCAACUGCAGUCUUCUGCCUCGUUAGAUGGAUCUGCGGCCGCUUCUGCCUCUGCAGUAUUUGAACCAAUUAAGUCGGAUCCGUCUGAAUUGCUGGACUUUCCCAAAGAGCUCUCUGAAAUGUUUGAUCCAACAAAAGAGAUCAUUAGUGGUGACCUUUUGGAGGACUUGAUGUCCUCAGAAGUGUUCUCGCCUCUCCUCCGGCUGUCCCCACCACCCAGCGACCACGACUACAUAUAUAACCUGGAUGAGACAGAGGGCCUUUGUGACCUGUUCGACGUGCCCAUUCUCAAUCUCUGACCCCUGUGAUUGAUGUUGGAACGGGAAACGGUUCCUAAAACAUGCUAAUUAGUUUUCUCCCAAGUGUUCCCCCAUCACUUACGGUGAGUGGCGAUGCAGGACAGCCGAUGUGGUCUGAUGAGCGUGUAAGGACGCCUCGGCACUGAGCUCAGUCAGAUAGUUGCUCAAUGUACAGCCUCGUGAAGAAAUACUGGCGAGAACAAAACAUUUUAUUUACUGCUUUUCCAAGGAAUCAAAUAAUUAUAUUUUUAGAUUACUCUGUAUGAUAAAACGUUAUGUUUAUGUAUCAGCUUUUCUGCGUGUGUGCGUGCGUGCGUGUGUGCGUGUGCGUGUGCGUGUGUGUACUCAAAUAGGCGUAUUGCUGGCUGAGCUGGUGAACCAGGAAAAGGGUCAAAGUGGUCCAUGGACAAGCGGUCAUGCAGUAGUGUGAGCUUAAUUCAGACUGGUGUGUGUGUGUGCGCGUGUGCGUAGGCAUGCUUGAGUUUAGUAAUGAACGCUCUCUUAACUUGAGUCAGAUGUCUCCAGGGGGGGUACACAAAUUGAGAAACCCUGUUCCCAUCAGGUAAAGUGUCAUGGCAGACUAACAGAGCACAGCUUUUGUCACCUGGCAGCUGGUCCUGUAUGGCUGGAAUGAGUCCAAACACAGCUGGUUGAAUAUGCACUGUCCUCAUGUACAUAGAGAAUAUAUAUUUUGUAUUACCAGCACACAAGGUUAUUGUGUAAGCAUGAACUACAUUUGUAGCAAAGCCAGAUCAAUAGUUGGCAAAUAUACAAAGGUUCCAGACUCAAAUAAUCGUACUGUAUGUAUGAUUAGUGCUUUGUUUUGAAUCAUGAGCAUUUAUCUCAAUCAAACCCUUCAGUGUUGAAAGUGUUUUUGGAACCAGUUGGAGAAAGAGGAUCCUAAUGUUGAGUUACAAAAGCCAAUAAACUCUGACGACCAACACAAAUGCAUUUUAGAAUUCUACCUUUUUAGGUCAACAUGAUACUCAUUAAAUAAAAUAAAGGGUCGGUGGCACGUCUACACUGAGAGGUUUGAUUAAGAAAACAUAACAUGCUUUCAGUUUCACUUUGUCUCUGGACUUUUGAACCUUGCAUAUUUUUAUUGGCUCUGAUUAUUAUAUAACUUAACUGGAGCACAUCAGAGGAAUGGCUCCUCCCCCUCUCCAAAAUGACUUCUGUGGCUUUUGUCUUUUUAUUAUGUAUGUAUAUGAUUACCAUUGUACUCGGUUCAUGUUUAUGGAAAGGGUCUUAAUGUAUUUUUACUGAGUGAAUAUAGUCACGAUGUCAUGGACAACGCUCCUGUUAUUGCUUGCGUUUGUAUAUUUGGUAAAGAUCCCUAUUCAGUACUUUCUUUUCAAGUUCUCUGUUUGGUAAAUGAAAUACUGCCUGUCACUCUGACUCUAAAUUCAAGUUUUCAAUUCCAAUCAUGCUCCCUUUACAGGGGACAGGUGAGUAGCAGUUCAGAAUGAGUUGUUACUCGUCAAACUGUUAAAGUGAAAUAUGAAAAUUAUUCAUAUUUCUACUACGCUUCUUCAUUUUGUGCGAUAAUGUCCUGUUUUGCCCUGGAUUAAGCAUAUGUAUGUAUUGUUUAUAUCUGUCUCUACCGCUUGUAUAGGAUAGCAUUUAUUUUUUAUACCUGAUAGAUAUAUUACUACUGCUACGUAUUUGGGGCUACACUUAAUGGUGUUUGGAAUUCAUCCACAAAAACCUUCUGCUAUGUCAAAGCACCCGGUCUCAUUGUUGCACUUUACAUCACUGUGGACUGAUUGGUUGUUACUCAUCAUCCCCCAAUCGGUAACGAGUCAUUGUGUUUGGACAGUGAUGAGUUUCUUCAAUGGAGUAGCCAGGCAGUACUGGUUUGAAUGAAUCCUGUCUGCGUGUGAUGGCAUGAGAAACUCAAUCCUACAGACUGUUUUUUACAGAUUCACUAUUGCUAUGCUAAACCUGCAUCACAUGAAACAAAAUAAAAACGUUGGUAUUCUUAA